AGUAAAAUAACAAAAAAAUUUUUCCAAUUUUCAAUUUUUAAUUUUUGAGAGAGCUAUGGCAUACCUAACAAAUCUGAAAUUGGAACUAGCUGUUUCUGUGAAAUAUGCAAGAAAGUCAAAGAAACCGCAACAAUUUAUAACCAUGAUUGACAUAGAUAGUGUCGCGCCAAUUGCUAUAGCAAAUGGCAAAAAAAUGCAAUCAAAGAAAAAAACCCCAGCUAAAAACAAAGCUGAAGACAAAACUAAGGCAAAACGUGUGAAUAAAUUCAAAAAUGCUCCGAAACGCAAAUUUGAUGCCAAAAAAACAGGUAAACCUGGCGGUGCCAAGCCACAGUUGGCUGAAAAUAGUGGCGAAAAACAAGACUGGAAUAAAUUCAAGCAAGAAAAAAAGCAGCUCAAGCUGAAACGUAAAAGUAACCGUGACACCUACGAAGUCACACAGGAGGUUAAGAAAAUCUACGAACAGGUGAAAUGUCGUCGUACCGAAAACAAGGAUCAACUGGUGGCACAAAUGUAUAAAAUUCUAAAUGUCGGCGAUACUAUAUCCAAGGUAUCCAAGGCCCAUGAUACCGCUCGCGUGCUUCAGUGCAUGCUAAAGCAUGCUACACCGACACUACGUGCCGAAAUCUCUGACAAACUGAUGUCACAUGCCGUGGAGAUGUGCCAGUCGAAGUACGCUCAUUUCUGCAUCGAGCGUAUGCUUAAGUACGGCUCGCCGGAGACUAAAAAUAAGCUAGUGGAUGCUCUGUUGGGCAAUGUGGUGCGUUUAUCGGGUCAUAAUAUAGCCAGCAAAAUAUUGGAUCACAUCUAUUUGAAUGGGAAUGAGAAGCAGCGUCGUUAUUUGCGCCAGGAGUUUUAUAGCGAUCUCUACAAGAAAGCUAAAGACGACGCUGUACAUUGCCUAAAAGACACAUACAAGAACGCUGCUAAUAUGAAAGCCUCUAUAAUGGGUGCUGUAAAAGCUAAUAUAGAUCAUAUUGCCAAUAAACAGCUGGUUGAUAACUCUUUGGUGCAUGCUGUCAUACUCGAAUUCAUGCAGGCCACCGACGAGGAGAAAUUGGAGGAAACGGUCACCAGUCUAGCUGCAUUGAUACCUCACAUGCUGACCACCAAGGAUGGCACCGAUGCUGCCAUAAUAUGCUUCUACAAAUCUACGCCGAAAAAUCGUCGAGCCAUCAUCAAGAAUAUCAAGGAGCAUUUAUUGAAAAUCGCCCUGCAUGAGCAAGGCCAUGUCUUUCUUAUAGCCUUGCUGAACGCCCUCGACGAUACAAAAGCUAUCAAAAAGUCAAUUUUUGAUCCUUUGCAUGCUGAUCUUAAGACUUUAGUCGCCAAUCAAUAUGGACGUCGUGUUGUUCAGUGGCUGGUGGCACCUGGCGAUACGACCUGUUUCCAUCCCGGAUUCAUUAAGACCAUUGAAUUGGGGUUGGCUUACGGCAAGAAGGAAAAAUUGGUACGUCGCCAAGAGAUUCUGGAGCAGAUUGAAGCACCUAUUGCUCUCGCUAUUGAAGAGGAUGCUGCCUUUUGGCUGUCCAACAGCCACAUUGGACUCGUCACAGCCGAUAUACUCAAGCACAUUACUGGAGAGAAUUAUGUAAAAGCAGUCACAGCUUUGGCUCCGGUGGUAGCUGAUGCUAAUUGGCGUAUUUCCGCGGUGCCCGGUGAAGGCGCUGCACAGAAUAAGAAGAAGCCGCAUGAUGUAGAAGCCUACAUAGCCGACGCUAUCAAAGAGCGUAAAAGUAAGAAUAAACUCAAUUCGGGAGCCCCGCCUCCGGCCAGCUCCGAUGACGAAGACGAUGCUGAGGAGGAGGGCACGCCUGCAAAAAAGCCGAAAGAGUCAGAGGUCAAGCCGACCGAGGAGGAGUUGCCAAUGGUAUCUGGCAUUGAGGAUGCCGGCAUGCAUCAUGUGCUCAAGAAGAUCAUCAAGCACGAUCAAAAGCACGAGUCAACACCAUUCGCCGUACAGUUGUUGAAUCAUCUAAACUGUGAUGUGCUCAAAUCCUGGCUGGUCAUUAAUCGCGCAUGCUUUGUGCUCGUUAAGCUUGUGGAGGAUUCGCCGGCCUUGCUCAGCUGCUGCCGCUCUCUCAUCAAGGAGAAUGUACUCCGUCAAUUGCUCGACAGUCAACAGUCGGCUGGCGUCAAGAUGUUGGCCAACAAAUUGAAGGAAUAG